AGAAACCCAAGUUUCCUUUCUGAAGCUGUUUUUCACUGCCCAUGUAUUUGCCAGUGUGCCUAUUUUAAGGAACUCUGUGCCUGAAUAUUCCUGCUAAAUAAGAAUAUAGGGUGUCCCAGGCAUUGUGCAAGGCCCUGGGAAUGCAAGGAGCACGCAACUCAAUAGGGAAGAGAAGAAACAGUUACAUUAAAAAUGGAAUCUUAGGGCAAGAUCUGAUGGACAGUUAGAAGUGAACAGAUCACUGAUGGUGGCAUUCUUUGACCAGCUGUAUAUCACGUGGUCCCCGGUGGAUAUAGCAGCCCAAGAUUAUGCUGUAAUGGGAGACAAGCAAAAGAGUAACAGGCCCAACCACUUGAAAGGAUAACUAUCUUAUAGUGCAGAUUCCAGAAGGGGUAGAGACUAGAGGAAGGGAAACCACCAUGAUACUUGGUAGAUUCUAAAGGAUAGGAAGGCAGAGUACUAAUAAGAAAACUUGGGACUUCCCUGGUGAUCUAGUGGAUAAGACGCCACAGUUCCAGUGUAGAUGGCAAGGGUUCAGUCCCUUAUCGGGAAACUAGGGAUCCCAUGUGCCAUGUGGGCGGUCAAAAGAGAGAGAAAUUAAUAGAGGAAGGAAGGAAAAGAAAAAAAUUGACAGUUAUGACACUACAUUAAUCGUGAAUCUUUAUUUCAGUAUUAAAAUAUGAAAAAGUGUGCAUCUUAGGCUCAAUGAAAUACUAUUAAAUGAACUAUAAAUUGGAAAUGAGAAGUAGGUUGAGUUAGACAUAUCCUGUAUAUUUGGUCUUGGGCUUUGCCACUUAACUAGUGCUCUCAGAACAAAUUUCUAAAAUGUAGCCCUUUUCUCACUUGAAAUUGAGCUGGACUUUGAUUAUAUACUUUGAAGUACUGUGUAACCUGCUGCUCCUCCUACCUUGCCUUGGCCUUAAGUACCUGGGGGUGGGGUAACCACCACCUGCUUGUUUAGAAACAUGGAGCGGUCAGAGCUCCUGUUUCUGUUGGAUUCAUCUACUCAGGGAGCUGGCAGGGAGAUCGGUCAGCAGGAUUGGGGCCUGUGUGGGCCCCAGUCUUGAGUGAAGGGGUACCUUUCUAUAUUUGAUUUCCUUUUCUGAUGGAUUGUGUUCUUCCAGAACCUUCUUUUCUGGGCUGUGCUGAUUAUCUUGGUUGGGGGGUGGCGGGAACUGGGAGUUGGGGAGCCUUGGUGUGACUUGGUUAUGCAAAAAAUGUUACCUCCAGAGAGGCAUGGUGGAAGGAAAUGCUUGUUACUCAACCAGCAAGUCAUGGUUUCCAGGCACAAUGCCUUCUCUCUCAAAUAUUCCCUGGAUGGACAAUGACAUUUAACUUGGGAUACAUCCACUUGGGCAAAACAAGAAUGAAGAAGAUGACCUUUUCUGCCAGAGGCUAUUAAAUGACCAAGAUGAAGUAUGUGAUAUGGACUCAGCUAUUCUAGGAGGCAGCUGUUUGCUCCCCUUUAUUAAUAUAGGCAGAAAAACCAAGAUGUGGUGGUAAGAGACUUGCCUAUACUCAUACAAGGUGGAACAAUGCUUUAACAGUGUUUUUCAAGCCAGGGACUCCUCCCUAAGGUGACUAAGCCUUCCCACUCAUUCUCCAGACCUGCCCAGACCUGAGGUGGUUGCCCAGGGAGCUAAAGCUUCUCCCCAAACAAACUUGACCUGGUAAACGUGGUCUUUCCUCUCUGCCUUUGGCUAUUUCAUCCUCCUCUCCCUUUCCCUCUGCCCCUCUGUCCCUCUGUCCUGUUUUCUCCAGGUCUUGGCUGGUGUCAGGAAAGGGGUCCCCUCCCAUGGCCUCCCACUCCAGGGAGCCAGGGCUCCUGCCCUGUGGGUCCUGUGACAUGGUUUUCCGCUCCUGGGCCCUGCUGGCCACCCACACUCAGCGCUUCUGCAUUGGCCGUCAGACCCGGGAGGUGACAAUCGGAGCACAGCCCCCAGUAGCCACUGAACCACGGGUACCCGGGGUUGUGCCACAAGAACACCAGGGCCUCCGGGACCAGGAGGCCAGCAAAUCAGCUCUGAAGAGGCUAACAGAGGAGGUGCAGCGGCUGCGGCUCUGUCUGCAGGAAAUGAGACCCUGGCUAACAGAAAGCCCCAGGGGGCCACAGGGGCCCUGGAGGCGUUCAGAGGCGACGACUCAGAGCGCCCACUCCAAGGCUGCUGGCAGCCUGGGCGAGCGGCUGCUGGCGCUGCACUGGACUCACGCCAGGCGCGUGGCAGAGACCGCGGCACAGAGCUGGGCCCUAGAGCAACGCAGCGAGGAACUGAGCCGGCGCCUCCAAGGUUUGGCCCGGACCGGGAACGGGAAAUCACGCAUAUUCAGUCUGGAGCGAGAGCUUCGAGAACUCCGGGCAGAGGCAGGGCGAACGCGGGGAGCUCUGGAGAAGUUAGGGGCGCACGUUCAGCAGCUCCAGGCCAACCCGGUCGGUCCCGGCGCCGCCGGCCCCGACCCCAGCACCCGGCUGAACACCGUGAGAGAAGCAGAACUCUGUGGUCCGGUGCUACAGGCCACCCCAGGGACUCUGCCUGCGGAGAUCGGGGCCCUGCGUGAGGCCUACAUUCGAGGCGGGGGCCAGGACCCCGGCGUUCUGGGCUGGAUGUGGCAGCUGCAAGCGGAGGCAUCAGCUCUGGAGCUUCAGCGGUCGCAGACCCGCAGGGGUGACCAGGAGCGGGCCAGCCAGGAGACCUCUCUGGAAAGAGGGAAGGGCGGAGGACGGGCAGGUGCUGCAUUCAAGGAGCUUCUAGCAGUGGAGGCUGAAAACCGGCGCCUGGAGGCAGAAAUCCUGGCUUUGCAGAUGAAGAGGGGCGCAGGCCAGAUGCCCUGGGGGCAAGGGAAGCCGAGACUUGGGGCCAAUCUGAGCCCACGCCUGAGGAGGGAAGAUCCCCCAAGCCUCCCGCCUCCAGUGGCCCCCCAGCUGCCGCCCUCCACCGGAGUCCUAUUCUCCGGUGGCACUGAGAAGGCUUCGCAGCUUCCUGGAGCCAUGACCAGGAACCCGGCCAGGGAUCCACACUACCUCCUGCCCACAACUGACGUCCUGGGCCCUGCACCCUACAACCCCGGGGCUGGCUUUGUCAUUUUCUAUGACUUCCUGCGGGGCCUUGAGGUUUCUUGGGUUUGGGUGCAACUGAUGACUGGUUUGGCCCGAGAUGGACGGGAGUCAGGAUGGACCACAGCGCUACCCCCAGCCCUUUGCCUGCCCCCACCUCCAGCUCCUGGGCCCAUGGGCAACUGUGCCAUCCUUGCCAGCAAGCAGCCUGUACCCAGACUACCACCCUCACCAUCAGUAGCCUUGGUCUUUGAGCUCCGGGCCUGGCAGGGGCUAGCAUGGGCUAAGGCACCACAGCCAAAGGCCUGGGCCUCACUAGUGCUAUUUGACCAGAAUCAGAGGUUGCUAAGUGGUUGCUGGCGUCUCCCAUUUCGGGCCCUCCCUCCAGACCCCAGCCUUAGCCCUGAGCAGCUUAACGGGAUUCCCCAGGUGAGUGUGGAGGAUGGGGGCUGGGUCUGCUCCUUCACGUUACAGAUGCAAGACCAUUUCACCUUUCCCCAGGUUAAUCAGGCCGAGCUCUUUCUGCGACUGGUGAAUGCAAGAGAUGCAGGUGUCCAGACCCUGGCAGAGAUCAAUCCAGCAAAUGCCCACGAGUACCAGUACCCACCCCUGGUACCCAACUCAUCUUCACCGGAAGCCAGCCCCCUUGCCCCAACAACUGCCUUUGUUGACCCCCCUCCUCCGGAAGAUGCCUGAACUAGCAGACUCAGGUGCAGAGAAGAGGGUUGGGCCCUCCCCACAGCUUUGACCCACCCCCACUGGCUCUGAGUCCAGAAGAAGAAUGGGGGUAUGAGUAGCUUAACGUGAGCAAGGCUGGGGCCCAGACUGAGGCCUCUUCUGGGAUCUGCAGCUUUACUAUCUCCAUGUUCUGACAAGAGUCUGGAAGCAAAUACAGAUGUGAGCACAUUAACCUGCGCUCCAAUCCCAGCUAUAACUUCCACAAGCACUUGGCCUUUCUUUACCUAUUAUCCUUUUGUUAAAAAAAGAUUGAUGUGAGGAUUAAACACAUCAGGUUUAUAGUA